CGUGAGGCUACAGUGAACUUCCUCAACAACUGGAACUAAGUUUUUACCAAGAACUGUCUACGCUGAAUCUUAGCCCUGCCGUGGCCACCUGCUUUGAGCCAAGCUCUCUUUUUUGGGGGCCUCUCAUUUUCAUAAAUAAACAACAUAAACACUGCACGUCUGUUCAGAGGCAUGGACUGAAGAACGGCCACUCCCUUGAUCCGAAACUUGCCCAAUCUACGGCUGCAGUCCACUCCCCUCAUCCAGGAUGUUGCCCUACAUACAUGCUCCCUUCGUCUACUUGUCGGGCCUUGUUGGUGCCGGACCCGAUGAACUCAAACUCAUCUUCUCAAUCCUGAUUUCAUAUCCGCUAGCCGGACUGUUGAAACGAGUCCCCGAUUCGAACCCGGCUUACAAGAACCUAUUCAACGCAGCCGUGGGAGUCUUCUACCUGGUUGGUCUCUUCGACCUGUGGGGUGGCCUGCGCACCAUUCUCAUCGCCGCAGGUGGCGCAUAUGGACUCGCCUACUAUCUCCGGGGAAGCCCUUACAUGCCCUGGGUCGCCUUCGUCUUCCUCAUGGUGCACAUGAGCAUCAACCAGCUGGACCGGCAAUUUGCGAACGAUCCCUCAAGCGUGGAUAUCACGGGCGCCCAGAUGGUCCUGGUCAUGAAACUCAGCGCAUUCUGCUGGAACGUGGCCGAUGGCACGCUGCCCGAGGACCAGAUGUCAGACUUCCAAAAGGACAGGGUCCUGAAGGAGCUCCCCAGUCUGCUUGACUACGCCGGCUAUGUCUUCUUCUUCCCAUCGCUACUGUGCGGGCCGGCGAUGGACUUUGCCGAGUACAGACGGUGGCUCGACCUGAGCAUGUUCGACGUGCCCGCGACCGCUGACCCGGCCAAGAAGCCGCCGACGCGCAAGAAGCGCAAGAUCCCGCGCAGCGCCACCCCCUCGAUGUGGAAGCUGGCGACUGGUCUUGUGUGGAUCUUGUGCUUCCUCAACUUCUCGGGUUGGUACAAUACGGAGCUCCUCCUGGACGACAGCUACAUGAGCUACAGCCUCCCCCGGCGUCUAUGGGUGCUGCACAUGACCAACUUCACCGCGCGCAUGAAAUACUACGGGGUCUGGUCCAUGACGGAGGGUGCCUGUAUCCUGGCAGGCCUCGGCUACAACGGUUUUGACCCCGUCACCGGCAAGGUCAGCUGGAACAGGCUGACCAACAUCUAUCCCUGGGGCGUGGAGAGUGCACAGAACACCAGGGCGUACCUUGAGAACUGGAACAUCAAGACAAACCUGUGGCUGCGGCACUAUAUCUACCUGCGAGUCACGCCGAGGGGCAAGAAGCCCGGGUUCAGGGCCAGUCUGGCGACUUUUACGACGAGCGCGAUCUGGCAUGGCUUCUACCCAGGAUAUUACCUCACGUUUGUCCUGGCGAGCUUCGUACAGACCGUGGCGAAGAACUUCCGACGGUACUUCAGGCCCUUCUUCAUCGACCCUGUCACUCAGAAGCCCACCUCUCUCAAGCCUUACUACGACUUUUUCUCCUACCUGGUGACACAGACUGCCUUCUCCUUCGUGACGACCCCGUUCCUGGUCCUUGGCUUCGCGGACAGCGUCAAGGUCUGGGCCAGGGUCUAUUUCUACCCGGUGAUCGGCGUCGCGCUGAGCAUGGGCUUCUUCGCGUCGCCGGCCAAGCCAUUCCUGAAGAAGAAGAUCGAGGAACGGAGCUCCGCCGCAGGCGUCCGGCUGAGGAAGUCGGCCUCCACCGAGUCUCUGACGGCCGGAGGGAGCAGGGACCACGAGCCGUUGGUGGGCCCGGGAUUGUCAUCCGACCUCAACCGUGACGUUGGUGAGAUUGUGGAUGAGGCUAGGGUCCAGUGGGCUGAGAAACAGAAGGAACUGAGGGCAAGGAGCUUCAAGGUAAAGGAUGGGAAGUCGAUGUAGUUCAGGGUGAGUGUAGGGUGGUUUGCCCAUCAUGGGCUAGAAGUUUGUCAGUAUUUCAGCAGAGUCUGGCUCUACUACCAGCUGUGGCAUGGCGGAACAGGACACAGGCCGGUAGCUGAAAUAGAACGGUCAGCUGAUACGAAGCAGUUGCAUACCAUGUAAUGUAGAUACAUUGUGGGUGCGAACAGGAAGAUUUAGACCGGUGAACGAAAUUGUCUGUCAAUUGGGCGUGUUAACACGGGCUCAGAUUCACCCGUACAUAUUGGGACCAUCACCUGUUGGUGC